UAUUUCUGUAGCCCUGGCAGACAUUUUGACAUUUGCGACUCCCUGGCGUUUUGACAAUUCUUUUACGUCAGCUUUUAUUUCCGGAUAGGAUAUUGAAUAGCAGUGCUGCGGCCUAAUCAGGAACAAUGACUAAGACCAAGGGCGAGAAAAUCAACAAAUCGGCGAUCAACGAAGUUGUGACCCGCGAGUGCACUAUUCACUUGGCGAAGCGUGUCCACAACAUUGGCUUCAAGAAGCGUGCCCCGCGUGCCAUCAAGGAGAUCCGCAAGUUUGCCGAGCGGGAGAUGGGAACCACUGACGUCAGGAUCGACACCCGUCUUAACAAGCACAUCUGGUCGAAGGGUAUCCGAUCCACUCCAUUCCGCGUGCGUGUGCGUCUGGCGCGUCGUCGCAACGAUGAUGAGGAUUCUCCCAACAAACUGUACACCUACGUGACCUAUGUGCCGGUGUCCACAUUCAAGAAUUUGCAAACGGAGAACGUUGAGUCCAGCGACGACUAAGCAAAGUAAUUGAAAGCCCAAAAUACGGUUAAUAAAAAGUAAAUUUUUAUUUA